GGCACUGGUGGGCACAGGUGGGUGGGCACAGGUGGGUGGCACUGCUGGACACAUGUAGGUGGCACUUCUGGGCACAGGUGGGUGCACUGCUGGGCACAGGUGGGUGCACUGCUGGGCACAGGUGGGUGCAAUGCUGGGCACGGGUGGGCGGAGCUAGUGGGCGCACUGCUGGGCGGAACUUGCGGGUGGCACUGCUGGGCACCGAUCAUCAGGGCACUGAUCAUCAGUGCCCCGAUGAUCGGUGCCGAUCCCCGCUCUGACAACUGCCGGUUCUCGGCAGUACUUUCCUCACGAUCUGACAGCGUGAGGAAAGUGCAGCCGAGAACCGGCACUUGC